AUGUGGCGAUAUUUGCUUCUCUGUUCGGCCGUGCUGAUACUGCUGAUUGCGAGCAGCCUGCCAAAACAUUCCAAUGUCAUCAUGAUGAGCGAACGGGCUGUAGUGAGCGACAUCGGAAACAUCCCUACCUUGCAGUUUCCUUCACGACUUCCAGGACCACUUGCAAGCAAGAAGCACGGCAGGACCUCGAAACUGGGUUACGAAGAUCCAUAUCACCAUGAACCGUACGACAAGAAGAUGGAGCUGCAAGAGUGGUCCAAGAUGGCUAAAUCCUUCAGGCUCAGCCAUCCUGGUCUUGACCCCAAGCAAGAGCAAGCGGCUUUGGACACGCUGUGGCGGGACGUUCAUCCAUACUUCUAUCACGCAUAUGGACCGAAGCGCAGAGCUGGCGAGAGUGAACAAGAUGGAGAUAUGAAUGAGGAGCAGGUGGAUAAUUACCAUGAUGCCACCACGGGGAAAUCUUCAGCUGGCAACGUUGCAAACGUCGGAGGAUAUUCUAUGGAGAAUGUGCCUGCCACAGUCCUCGCUCCUCCUGACGAUGGAGUACGCGAUUUCAACGGUCAGACUGCAGUGAUUGCUCGCCUGCCGAACUUGGGACACGGUCGAACGGCUCUCGAUGAAUUCCACAAGGAAGCGCGAGGAUCUUUUGCUGUCCGCGUCUUCGGGGCUUCCGGCCAACCUGAGAUUGAGGUCACCAGACCUUGGAGCGGCAUGGCUGGGCCGUUCCGGUGCACAUACAGGGGAUAUCGUCACCUUAAACAGGACUUCUCGGGCACGGCUGUGGCGACGGGCUUCAAGCGCGUGUUUCUCUCGCAAGGAGGAAGAAUUCUAACGGGAAUGACCAUCUCACCAUCCGGCAAUCCUGAUGAGUUCGAUGUGAUGACCUGCCGCGAUAGCUUGACGGGGGAAGUUCAGUACUUUAAGCUUCAUCCCGAGCUUGUGCUCUCCAGGAUGCGAGAAAUGUAUUGCAAUGGCGAUAUACCGAGCGGGUCCAUUGGAGGGUGCGGAUUUUGA